CUUCACCGUUUCACUUCCACAUUUGAGAAUCAUAAUAUUGCAGAUCAUCUCCCGCUGCUUUUUGACUCCCUCACGCCAUAUGCUUGGACAAUGAUAAUAUGUCCUAGACCACCGUUGCGGCGCUCGAGCAUGAAGUCUAACAACCAUGUCUUCAAAUCCCUGCCCUAUGCAGUGCUCUGAAAGAUGUCUUGCCAGCUGACGUAGACAUGCUCUCCUGAAUCAUCCGCCUUGCUGAGCUACUCUCCGCCGAUAGAAGGCUAGGCUGUAAUACAUGAUCCGGCUGUCUCGGUGCACCCCAUACACGGUGAGGAACCCUAGUUUCAGUAUACGCACCUUGCGACAUAUGUAUAAAAGCGGGCAGUGAGCCCUUUGCACAUUUUUCUUGUGUCAAAGUCAACAACUCCUAACAGCACUUUGUCAAUUGAAGCAUUCAUGGCAGAGGACAACCCGACAUCUCCUAAGAAGCGCAAGCGCGACAACAAGGACAGGGACAAACCGGGUACGCUCAAAAUCCAGUCUAAGAGACGUUCAUUGCGUCAAAAUACGGAAUUGCCCUGCAUCAAAGAGACAGCCCAGCUCGACGUAGUGAACUCCCCACAACUUGAGCAGGAAACGAUGGACCUGAAGCAGCCACCUCGCUCCCCAUCACCUGAACCGAAGUCUGGAAUGGGUAUGCCCAACGACGGUGAUGGUGGUCCAAGUUCCGCUCAAGACCAACCGUCAUCUUCCGAGCCUCAGUCUCCAUCUGCGUCCGAAUGUACAAGCUCGGACGAUCUGCCGCUAGGGAUCGCUCCAACAGUAACAUCCAGCCACUUGACCGUGGAAAGCGCAUCCCGAAGCAGGAGGCCGUCUGUGAUCGGCAGUAAUGUCGGCUCAAUGUCACCCCCGCGCUCAAGUCGGUACUCGAAGCGCCAGGAAAGCAAGAGGCGCGAUCGGGAGAAGGAGAGACGGCGAGCGGGGAGAGCGCGAGCCCGGCGUUGAAGGGUGCUUUGUGACUGGUGCCUUUUCAUCUCCUCUUAGCCGUGACGGUGUAGAUAGUGC